AUGUCUUGGCUCAAGGAAAUGGCAGGUGGGGAAGCACCUGCGCCGUACAAGGAGCCUGCUGGUCCUUCAGAAGCCAAAGUCAAGGACCCGGCCAUUCCUAAUAGAAUGGUUUCCACCAAAACUGCCAAUAAACCCUUCCUUGCAUAUAAGGAAUAUCGCGAGAAACAGGAACGGCUUCACAACAAGUGGGUGGAAAAGAAGAAGGAGCGGGAUGAGAAGAUAGCUCGAGGCGAAAAGGUUGGACCACUUGAACGUGAUCCAACAGCCGAAGAAGAGGUUGGCCUACUGGGGUUGCUCAAGUUCCUGGUGUACCUCCUUCUCUUCGUUGCCUUGACUGGCAAAUUCAUCACGGGUAGCUAUCUCUGGGAGUCGGACAGCAAGUGGCUCCACCUGAAGACAUACAUACCUACAAACCAACGAUUGUUUUCCGAACGCCAGUUGGCUCUGUUCGAUGGGUCGGAUCCGAUGAAACCUAUCUACUUAGCCAUUGACGGCGACGUCUACGAUGUAUCAAGUGGGAAGGCCUACAAACCCGGAGGGUCGUAUCAUAUCCUCGCUGGCGUUGAUGCGGCGCGGGCCUUCGCUACCGGAUGCUUUGUGGACCACCGAACGCACGAUAUUCGGGGUCUAAGUGAACGAGAAUUGAAGGGCCUACAACAUUGGAAGACCUUCUUCGCGGAGCACAAGACGUACACGAAAGUCGGCAAGGUAUCACAUCCACCCAUUGACCCUGCUAGUCCGAUCCCGGAGAGUUGCCGAACUCCAAAGGGAGACAAGAAAGAGGCGGAAGCGAAACAGACGAAGCCCGAUGAAGCUCAACCGAAGCCCCCUUCACAUACGCAAUCGAAACAACACGCUGAACAUCAAGAGCUCUGA